UCCCCCGCACCGUUUCUCCACUUUAUGGGUUUCUGACAGCGGCACUUGUUCUCCACAUUUUCCCGUCUUUCCUUCCUGGUUGAUCAUAAUGGCAGUUAAACUCAUCUACUUCACUAUCAACGGGAGGCCCGAACAAGCCGAGUUUCGAGAGGACUGUCCCGCUCAGGAUGUCAAGGACUUGUUUCGUGCAGCGGCAGAAGCAGGACCUCACGACAUCCUCAAGUUGUACAACGCCCAAGGAAACAUCAUUAACAUCUCCCCGAAGCUGGAGUGCAACAAUCCACAGAACCUCUACAAGCUCGAAGUGGUUGCUGCGGACCACUGCGAGCCAUUAGGUGCAGAACUAGCAGCAGCGUUGGGAUUUGAUUUGUCUUCCAUGGAGAAAAGGCUUCAGAGUCUGGAAAAGAAGAUUUUGGUAGAAGCUGGAGAAACACCUUCCAUAGUGUAUGAAAUGAAAAGCAAAGUGGAAUUAUUUCGGGAAAAAUUGGAGAACGUCGAGCAUCUCAGCUGGCUAGGACUCUUCAAAGACCUCUCCGUGGGGACCCAAAAACCUUCACCGUUUUAUCACAAAAGGACCCUGCGGAAGACAAAAGAAGAAUGUGAGCACGUGCAAGAGAAGUUCCUCCAGAUGAGUUCCCUUGAUGUGACAGAAGAAGUCAGACAGUAUCUGAAGACGCCCACCUUUGACAACUGGCAGUGGGAAGACGCCGAAAUCAUGGUCCUGCUACAGCUGAUGUUUACAGACUUGGACUUUGUGACCAAGUUCAGCAUCGAGCGCGAGGUGCUGCAGCAGUUCCUCUACGAGGUCUACCGACACUACAACAACAUCCCCUUCCACAACUUCAAGCACUGCUUCUGCGUCACCCAGAUGAUGUAUGGUCUGAUUUGGCUAACAGAGCUUCAGAGCAAAAUCGAUGAUAUUGAUCUUCUGAUUAUGCUGACGUCAGCCAUCUGCCAUGACUUGGAUCACACGGGAUACAACAAUGCGUAUCAGAUCAAUGCCCGGACCGAACUGGCCCUCCGAUACAAUGACAUCUCUCCGUUAGAAAACCAUCACUGCGCUGUGGCCUUCGAGAUUCUGGAAAAGCCAGAAAACAAUAUUUUCCGAAAUCUAACAAGUGAACAGUUCAAAAGGAUCAGAGAAGGAAUGAUCAAGUGCAUCCUCGCUACAGACAUGGCUCGACACAACGAAAUUCUAAACCAGUUUAAGAGUCUCCUGCCUGCGUUUGACUUCAGCAACAAGGACCACAAAGAUGUUCUGAUGAUGAUAAUGAUAAAAGUGAGUGACAUCUCCAAUGAGGCCCGGCCGAUGGACGUUGCUGAACCUUGGCUCGACUGUCUGCUCCAGGAGUUUUUUAACCAGAGUGAUCUGGAGAAACUGGAAGGCCUUCCUGUGUCCCCCUUCAUGGACAGGGAUAAAGUGACUAAGCCAUCUUCUCAAACUGGAUUCAUCCGCUUCGUACUGCUGCCUCUGUUCAUUGAGCUUGCCAGCCUUUUUCCAGAUCUUGAGCAACAUAUCAUCGAUCCUGUUCGGAAAGCCUUGGAUUAUUACAUGGCGAUGGAAAAAGCUUUGGAGAAGGAAAAGCAAAACAGAGUCCAGUGUGAUAAAGCAGCAAAAGCGAAGGAGAAUGACUCGCUGAAAUAUAAGAAUACGGCUGCACAGCAGCCAAUCAGGUCUACCGGCGGACUCCCUAUGAAGAUGGGAUCCUUGACCACUCCAAAGCUUGUGGGGCCUUCCUUGUGUGACCCGUUUAAGAAGUAAAGGGCGCCGAUUUGGGAAGUGGAUUCAGCUGACUGUUGCUACUGAAUAAUAUCCGUCCAUCUGUGUUCAGUGGGAAGGUCCAGGCUAAAAUCGACAAGAUAGCAGACAGACUGACGCAAAGCAAGGCCGACGGCCCUGGCCCUCCUCUGUAGCUGACCAUGUACCACCAUAUGAGUGCAAAUCAGAAAUUGUACUGAAACACUGGCAAACAUAUUGGCAGAAACAUUUCAAACGUAUGAAUGGCACGACAGUGAAGCAACAUGAAGAGUCGGGAAGUGACCACACGUGAAUCCCUUACACGUUUAUCUUCGUGGGCAGUGUUUCUUUCCCAAUCUUUGUGGUGUCACGACCCAGUUAUCCACGUGCCUGUGUGUUUGCACUCCAUUGGCAGAGCGGUGAGUCCCCCUCCAUGACUUUAGCGUGACUGUCAGAGCGGGUGGCGUGGGGAGGUCCUCCACGGCGAAUCGAGUGUGAUUGUCAAAGUGUGGCACGAGCGGCCACCAGAGCAUCACAUCGUUAAAUGAAUCCAACGCGAUCGACAAAUCUUUUCCUCCUUGGUAAUUCGAGGACAGUUGUCAGAGCGGAGGCCGGGGAGGUUGUCCAGGAUCGGCCGCGGACCACCUGAGUGGUAGGGAGGUGGUGGUGUUUUCAUCCGGGGGUCCAUGUUCAAUGCCCCGCCAGUGGGUUUAGGAGUUUUCUUUGUCCACUAAUCCAAAUUUGGUGUUAGAAUGAGAAAUAUGGUAUGGUUCAAGCUAGGAAUAUUUAUUCUGAAUCGUUUCAGACACCAUUUUGAUUUCUGUACGCAUCGCUCUUUUGUCGGCCUAAAGUUAGGGGCAUGGUUUGGAGGUCACAGUCUCAGUGUUCAUCGUGCUUUGGGUUAAAAGGCCAGCCUUUUGCAUAAUUCCUCAGUUGAGCCUGCGGAUACCAAAGCCCUUUUUAUCGAUCGUUUUGUUGUUUCUAAAACUCCCGCUUGUAUUCAGACUUUGACUUUUCACUCUGGUUUUGGCUUUGGUCGUAGUGUGGUAGAUCUCUCGGUUUUUGACUUUUCUCCAGCUUUGCUAGUCAGCUAGUGUAAUAAUUAGUGUACAAUAAAUCACAAAACACAAAUAACUUAAACUAAGAGUUUGGAUCACCGGUUAGUGUAGAACGUCGCCGAUGGUGUUUGAUAAUGGCACAGGACCUCAUGGCGUUGGGAAAGGCAUAACGAUGGCACGGAAACCUUGACUAACCGAUACUUCUGAGAUGUGUGUUGUCUCUGCUUGUUGCACCACUGCUAAGGUAUUUAGUGACCAGCAGACAGACAGACAGACAAACGCUCCACGCCAGACAGCCAGUGCUACUUUCUCCUAGGCCUGAAAUGUUGACCAAGAUAAUUAAACAUAAAAAGCACUACUUGUGAGUCGUCACCCUAAAAUAAUCUUUUCCGAUUCCACACACCUAUGAACAGAGUUUUUGUUUUCUCUAUCCGUAAUCGUGGAUGCAUUCAGAGUCGCGAUGACAACUAGUUGAAGCGUCGCACCUCUGACAUCACAUGCCACUCACUUAAGGCUACCCGGGUAUUGUAGCGUUCGAACAGUGGUACUGUGAUGUCCGUUAGCCAAAAAGUGGCGCACCGUAAGAUGCAGUAGAGCAGGGGUGCCCAAUGUGUUGAUCGUGAUCGACUGGUAGAUCGCACGUAGAUUGCGUUGCAUU